AUGAUACGUCGUGGUUUAUGCUCAGCUGUACGUAAAGUUGAACAAAAAGUAUCAAAAUUACCAAAUGGAUUAACAGUUGCUUCAAUUGAUAAUGGUGCUCCAAUAUCACAACUUGUUUUAGCAUUUCGUGCUGGUUCUCGUUAUGAACAACCAGAUGAACAAGGAGUCGUUCAUUAUCUUCGUAAUUCUGUUGGUACUGAUUCUAAAAAUUACCUUGGAGUAAAAUUAUUAUGGCAAACUGGAAAUAUUGGAGCUAAUUUAAAUUCUUUAGCCACGAAAGAUAUUUUUGCUAUUCAUCUUACAACUCCACGUGAAGGUGCUCCUAUUGGUGUUUCACUUCUUGGAGAGCUUGGUCAACCAGCUUUUAAACCAUGGGAAGUUCUUGAUGUAUCAGAAACUCUUAAAACUGAUUUAGAAAAUUUGGAAGCUUAUGAUGUUGUUAUUGAAAUGUUACAUAAAGCAGCUUUUAGAAGUGGAGGAUUAGGUAGAUUAAAUAUUGCAAAACCAUAUAAAAUUGGAAAAGUUGAUUAUAAACAAUUGGAAUCUUUUGCUAAAUCUAGACUUCUUACUGGAGAGGCAGCUAUUGUAGGAAUUAACGUUGACCAUAAUCUUCUUCUUCAAUAUGCUGCUGAACAAAUUACAGUUGCAGAAGGAAAAGGGAAAGAGCCUUCUGCUUCACCAUACAAAGGAGGAGAAGUUCGUCUUUGUGGUCCUGGAAAAAUGGCUCAUGUUGCUGUUGUUGCUGAAGGUGCCAAAUUAAAUGAUUUAAAAUCUGUUGCCGUUCAAGCUGUUUUAGCUUCAUUAAUUGCCAGUUCACCUGUUACUAAAUAUUCUUCAAAUAAUGGUUUUGGAGUUGUUGCCAAAGCUAUCAACAAAGAAUCACAAUCUCCUGCUGGUGUAACAGCAGUUAACAUUUCUUAUACUGAUAAUGGUCUUGUUGGUUUUUAUUUUGUCACUGAUGGAAGUCAAGCUGGAAUAUUAACAAGUAAAGCUGUUAAAGCUGUCAAAUCUCUUGCUUCAGACAUUGAUAGCGAAUCUUUUGAAAUUGCUAAACAACAAUCUAUUUCUGAGGUACUUCUUCGUUCAGAAAAUGACUCAAAUAUAGCCGUUGAUCAAGCAAUUCAAAUUUUAAGCAAUCCCACUCCAACAAGUCCAGUUGCUUUUGCUGAAAUAAUAAAAUCUGUAACAAUUGAUGAUGUUAAAAAAGCUGCCUCUAAAUUUAAUGGAAAAUUAUCAAUUUCUUCCUAUGGUGUAGUUGAUAAUGUACCAUAUUUGGAUGAAUUGUAA